UCAAAGGUAUGGCGAUUGCGUUAUGCAGCAAAGAUUCUCGUUGUUGCAGAUAUCUACAGAGAGCAGGCAAUUUUUUAGCCAAUCACUAUUUGGCCGUUGGUCUAGUGCUAGCUGUCUUGUUUGGUUCGACUCUGUCUGCACCUGGCGCUUUCUUCGCUUCAAUUCAUUUCCAGUAUGUCUGCAUUCCCGCUAUAUUUCUCAUAACCGGACUCAAACUGAAGGCGGAUGAUCUUAGAGACGCCUUGAAAGCGUGGAGGGCGUGGAUUUGGGGAACAGUGAGCAUCAUGUUGGUCACGCCCAUUGCUGGUAUCAAACUGUCAUCAUUACUGCCCGUAAACAGCAACAUUACGGCUAACGGAAGUUUUCUGACUGAAGAGACGGCUAUUGGAUUUCCUGAAUUUAGAAUUGGUUUUCAGGUAUUUUGUGUGGCUCCAUGCACUAUUUCAGCAGGUAUCAUAAUGGUGUCACAAUUGAAUGGAAACUCUGCUCUCGCAGUCCUGCUCACUGUUGUCACAAACACUCUCAGCGUUUUUACCAUGUCUCCUCUUCUUUCUCUUCUAGCAUCGUUCAAUUCUGAUGGAAGUUUGAGUAUUGGAAGCGUCGUUCUUAAAUUGUUAUUGACAGUAUUGGUGCCCAUUAUUGUGGGAAAAGCUUUCAGGUUAGUGCAACGAGUGAGACAGGUUGUCACAAGGUUUGACACGUUGCUUAAGUUUGUCAGCAUGUCUCUACUCAUUCUUAUCCCAUGGAUGAAAAUCAGCAAUGCAAAACAGUCUGGCAGUUUUAGUAGUAUUUCUGUGGUCAACAUUGUUUCGAUUAUCGGAUUUGCUGUUGCAUUGCAUUUCUCAUUUCUUAUUAUCAACACAAUGGCGUCUUUUCUUUUUGUUUUGUCUAAAGAAGCACGGAAGGCUAUCAUUAUUCUUGCUAGCCAGAAGACUCUGGCAAUCGCUUUGUCUGUUUUGUCGUAUUUGCCUGCGUCUGUUGGAGACAAAGGUUUACUGACCAUUCCUGUUAUCAUAUCUCACAUGUCACAGAUUAUUGUUGAUGCAUUCAUUGUAUCACUGUGGCUGCGAUACGAAUCAGACAAACACAAGACGACAGACAAAAUGGAAAUGAGAAUAAUAGAGGAACAAAUGGAAAGUGAAACUUUGGUGGAUGAAGAGGAGACAAGAUUUAUUGCUGAAGAGGAGAUAGAAAAAGUAGUAGACAGUAAAUGGGUAUAA